GUAUUCUCUUAACAAAUUUUUGCGGAGGAGUGACCGAGUGGUUAAAGGUAACAGACUGUAAAUCUGUCCGCGUGAGCGUACGUAGGUUCGAAUCCUACCUCCUCCAUUGUGCGGGUAUAGCUCAAUGGUAGAGCUCUAGCCUUCCAAGCUAGUGACGUGGGUUCGAUUCCCACUAUCCGCUCUUUUUUUUGUUGUAUUUUUAUAAAAUCAACAUAUUAUUUAUUGAUGUAUUUGUAUUUUAGGUAGAAAAGUUUAAAUUAUGACAGCAGUAGUGGAAGCAUUUGGAAAGCCGCAUGUAAAUGUGGGAACAAUAGGACAUGUGGAUCAUGGGAAGACAACGUUAACAGCGGCAAUAACAAAGCAUUAUGGAAAUUUUGUAGCGUACGAUCAGAUAGAUAAAGCGCCAGAAGAAAGGAAGAGGGGGAUAACGAUAGCAACAGCGCAUGUUGAGUAUCAGACGGAAAAAAGGCAUUAUGCACACGUUGAUUGUCCUGGACAUGCUGACUAUGUAAAGAACAUGAUAGUAGGUGCAGCACAGAUGGAUGCGGCGAUAUUGGUAGUGUCAGGGGUUGAUGGGCCAAUGCCACAAACGAGAGAGCAUAUAUUGCUGGCGAAGCAGGUAGGUGUUGGAUAUAUCGUGGUGUAUAUAAAUAAAGCUGAUGUUGCUGAUGCUGAUAUGAUGGAUUUAGUAGAAAUGGAAGUGAGGGAAUUGCUGAAUAAAUACGGAUUUCCAGGGGAUGAAGUUCCUGUGGUAGUGGGAUCUGCAUUGAAAGCGCUGGAGGAUGACAGCAGCGAAUAUGGAAAGAAAUCAAUAGAUAAAUUGAUGGAAAAGUUAGAUGAAUAUGUGGCGGUUCCACCAAGGCCUGUGGAUUUACCAUUUUUAUUGCCAAUCGAGGAUGUAUUUUCGAUAUCGGGGCGAGGAACAGUGGUAACAGGAAGAAUAGAGAAGGGAGAGAUAAAGACGGGAGAAGAGAUAGAGAUAAUAGGUUUAAAAGCAACACAAAAGACGAUAUGUACAGGUGUUGAGAUGUUUAAGAAGUUGCUGGAUAAGGGAAGUGCAGGGCUCAAUGUAGGAAUAUUGCUGAGAGGAACAAAAAGAGAAGAAGUGGAGAGAGGGCAAGUAUUAGCAAAACCGGGGACGAUAACGCCGCAUAGAAAGUUUAAGGCGGAGGUUUAUAUAUUAAAGAAAGAGGAAGGAGGAAGGCAUACACCAUUUUUUGCGAAUUACCAGCCACAGUUUUAUUUAAGGACAACGGAUGUAACUGGGAGCAUAAAAUUACUAGAUGGGAAGGAGAUGGUAAUGCCAGGAGAUAAUGUGAGUGUAGAAGUAGAAUUGCAAGUACCGAUAGCAAUGGAUAAGGGAUUGCGUUUUGCGAUAAGAGAAGGCGGUAGAACUGUUGGUUCUGGUGUUGUUUCUGAAAUUUUGGAGUGAGUGUAGUAACUAAGAUGAAGCAAGAUAUAUAUAUUAACAUUAAGGCUUUCGAUUGUUCUUUAUUGGAGGAGUGUGUUCGAAAAUUUGUUGAUGAAUUAAAGCGGUCCAGUGCAAAAUUAUCUGGUCCGAUUGCGUUGCCAAGGAAAGAUUCUAAAUUUAUUGUUAAUAGAUCUCCUCACGUUGAUAAAAAAUCUCGUGAACAGUUUGAAAUGAGAACUUCUAGGCGUUUGAUUGUUUUACAUGAUCUUACUCCUACUAUGAUGCAGAUGCUUACAGGUUUAUCUUUUUCUGCUGGCGUAGAAGUGGAUUUAAAAGUCAAGGAAGUUAAGGUUUAGGAGAAGGAAAUGAAGAGAAUAAAUUCGCUGAGGAGAAUUGGUUUACUAAUGAUGAAUAUUGGUCAUACUGCUAUGUAUUCUGACAAUAGUCGCAUGGCUGUAACUUUAUUGCAUCUCAGCGAAACUUAUAUUAUUGAUAUAAAAGGACAAGAUAAAUGUGGCUAUAAUUCAGUCAUUUUAGGCACAGGAGAUUUUAAAAAUAUAGCAAAACCUCAGUUGGAAUAUUUAAAGAAAAAGGGUAUAAAUAAUAAAUGUAAGUUAUACGAAAGUAGAUUAAAUGACCUGUCGGGAAUAGAAUGUGGUAAAAAAGUGGGAAUCAAUCAUUUUGUGGUUGGUCAAUAUCUUGAUAUUACGGGUUAUUCUAUAGGUAAAGGAUUUGCUGGUGUGAUGAAGCGGCAUAAUUUCAGUGGGCUUAGGGCAUCUCAUGGUGUUUCUAUUGCUCACAGAUCACAAGGUUCCACUGGCCAAUGUCAGGAUCCUGGUAGAGUAUUCAAAGGAAAGAAAAUGGCUGGUCAUUUAGGUAACAGCAGGAUAACUGCACAAAAUAUGAAGAUAUUAUCCAUUGAUCAUGAAAAUAGUAUAAUUGCUGUGAAGGGUAAUAAUGUUCCUGGGUUUAAAAAUUCCUAUGUUUUUGUAAGAGAUGCAGUUAAAAAAUCUUUACAUAAAGAUGUUCCUUUUCCGGUAGGUUUACUGUUAGAUGUAAAUGAUGA